GAUAUUUCGCGAUGAUAACCUGGUGUCACCGUAUAUAUUCAUGAAGGAAAGGACAAUUAAACAGUACCUGCCAAGUUAGUUGGUACAUAGUAGUACAACAUUCAUACAAUUUCAUCUGAAAGCUCAUUGGAAUAAUUUUAAUAUGAUCUGGAGUGCAGUGUUUGCUCUGUCUUGUUUGCUGGCCUACGCACAUGGUCAUGGCCGAUUGGCACAACCAGUGGGUAGAGCCUCCCUUUGGCGGACUGGCUUAUACUCUGACGUACCACCCAACUACGAUGAUAACGGCCUCAACUGCGGUGGCCUGCACCACCAGCAUUUCCGCAAUGGAGGACGAUGCGGUAUUUGUGGUGACGCCUUCGAUAGCCCGCAGCCCCGCGCUCAUGAGUUAGGUGGCAAGUACGGCCAGGGACACAUCGUCGCUACCUACGAACAGGACCAAAUCAUCAACACUAAAGUCUACAUUAGCGCUGACAAACGGGGCUUCUGGGAGUUCAGACUAUGCGUGAAUCCUAGCGACCAAACACAGGAAUGCUUCGACAACUUCCUUCUGGAGUUAGAGAACGGUGGAACCAAAUACUAUCCAAGAGGAAAUGGUAUGUUCGACGUGAACUACCGCCUGCCUGCGAAUGUGGUGUGUGAGCACUGCGUGCUGCAGUGGAAGUACACGGCGGGCAACAACUGGGGUACCUGUGCGGACGGCUCGGGAGCCCUCGGCUGUGGCAUCCAGGAGAACUUCUUCUCUUGCUCAGAUAUCAGUAUUAAGCGUAAAGACCUUAUUUCUUUAGAGUAAUAGACGUACCAAUCGCAUGUUAGAAACGUGAAACGUUUACCUUUCGAAAGUACCUACUUACAGCGAAAAGCCAAUCUGUUAGAACACGUAUUUAAAAAUAAAGAUAUCUCAAAAUUAAAAUCUUCGAUUACGGAUCAGUUUUCCGUGAAAUCUUUCACGACUGUUGUGAAUAAUUCAAAGAAUUUAUUAUAAUUUAUUGAUGACAUAAGUUUUAGUAAGUUUUUUAACCUACUUCAUAUUUGGUCUUAUAAGUAAGAAGUAGGUAAUUGUUCUGUAGAUUGUAAGUUUGUAUCUUCACGAUUCCAAUAAAAUUUGUGUUUCAUGUCCAA